AUGAAGCUGAUGAUGAUGAUGAAGACAACAAUGAAACACAUCAACCAUCAAUUCGAUCAUUCGCUAAAACGGAAUGGAUCCUCCCGGCGGUUUCCUAAGCUUGUGGGCAGAAUGGUGGGUCGUGACUAUGAUCGUCAGGAGAUACUCUGGAUGCUCCGCUUUGGCCAAAGUAAUCUAAAGCUAAUCUCAAUUGUUGGGAUGGUGGGCAUAGGGAAGACUACUUUAGCCAAAUGUGUGUAUGGAGAUCCAGAUGUGGUAAAAGAUUUCAAUCAAUGUAGUUGGAUUACUGUGCCUCAAGAAUGCAACAAGCGCCAAAUACUAGGCCUCCUGCUCCGGUCAAUUUCACCGUCAUCGGAAAAUAAAAUUGGAAAUGAGGGCGCCACUGAUGAAGAACUAGUUGUGGAGGUAUGCCGUCAGUUGUCUGGCAAAAGUGUCUUUUCUCGUAAUAAGGAGUGUAUGACACAUAAACUUGAAAAAAUUAGGUGCGAUAUUGUAGAAACAUGUGAUGGACUACUGUGGUCAAUUGUUGUAGUUGCAAAGAGUCUAUCCAAAUACAGAAACAUAUUGAAGGGGUGGGAGAAGAUUAAAAAGGAAACAGAGACACUGGGAAUUCUAGAUCGCAAUGCUCUCAUUCAUGAUUACAACAAAUUGCCACAACAUUUGAAAGUUUGCUUUUUGUAUUUUGGAGUUUUUCCAAAACGCAAAGAGGUCUUAGUGAAAAUGCUUAUUAGGUUGUGGAUUGCUGAAGGAUUUGUGAAUCUAGAGCCAUUGGUGUAUCCAGAGUUAGAAACCCAAGCUUAUGCAUAUGUAGAAGAACUUUUUGCUAGAAGUCUUGUAUUAAUAAGCAGUGAGGAUUCUGAUGACAAGAUUAAGAGUUGUAGGAUGCAUAGUGCUUUGCAUAGUUUUUGUGUUGGAGAAGCUCAAAAAGAGGGUAUUUUUUGUGUAGUAAACACUCUCCAGCAUUCAAGAUUGCCAUUAGGGGAGUUUGCUAAUUCUUGUCGAUGGUUAAGUUUAUACACACAUAGUUUCGACUAUUAUGUGUUGUUGAGGGUUUGGAGGAUAUAG